UCCAAGCAAACAGGUUGCCAAUGAAGCAGCAUAUAAUAAUUGUGCAUUGGGAACAUACAAACGCACUGAGAGACGGUUGGCUGGCCGCCGUGAUUCGGAGAAGACCGACGCUUCCCGGCGAGAAGCUCCGCCGCAGGAAUACUCUGGGGGAAAUAAAAAAAAAAAAAGCAAUUAUUUUUUGUAUAUUGGAUGGAGUAAUUAAUUUUUCGGUUCGCACUCACUCGUUUGUUUUGGCGCAUUUAUAAGUUCACAAGUUCAUGUUUGAUGAAAUUCCACCGGUUCUGCAGAUCUUCCGUUCUCUCGUCGGUGUGAGAUGGGCAAUAUGCCUGGAGCAACCAAUGAAGAAAAUUGUGAGAGAUUGUAUAGGGAAGACGAAGAUGAAAGAACUCUGCAGAGCUUGAGACAGGAAUUGAGACCGCAAAACAAGGUUAAGGCUUCAUCGUUGAAGGGAAAAGUUACAAACUAUGUACGUAAAUGCAAUGGGAAUCUAAGUUCUAGAAAGAAGAUAAUUAAUAAAAUCUCGAAGAAGAAGAAGAUUGUCAGUAAAGCAAUUGUGCAAAAGGCCAAAACCGCAAAGAAGCUUCAUAAACGUAAGGCCGUGAGCACAAGAGAUGGUGGAAAAACAGAUGAGGUAGAUUCGAAACCUGAAAAGUUAAAGAGGAGGAAGCGGAAGAAGAGGAAAAUUAAUGUGGAACUUGAUGAAGCUGCCCGGUUACAAAAUAAGACGAGGUACUUAUUGAUGAAGAUGAGGCAGGAGCAGAAUCUUAUUGAUGCUUACUCUGCCGAAGGCUGGAAAGGUCAGAGCCGGGAAAAAAUUAAACCAGAAAAAGAACUACAAAGAGCCAAGAAACAGAUACUGAAGUGCAAACUAGGAAUACGGGACGCCAUUCGCCAAUUGGAUUCGCUUAGUUCUGAAGGACGAAUAAAUGAUUCAAACAUUGCACCUGAUGGAUCUGUUCAUCAUGAACAUAUAAUCUGUGCCAAGUGUGUACUGAGUGAAGCUUUCCCAGAUAAUGAUAUUAUUCUCUGUGAUGGGUCAUGCAACCGUGCAUUUCACCAGCAGUGUCUUGAUCCUCCGCUGUUGACGGAAAACAUUCCACCAAGCGAUGAAGGGUGGUUCUGCAACUUUUGCAAGAAGAAGAUAGAAAUUAUUGAAGCAACAAAUGCUCACCUAGGGACUCAUUUUCUCUUAGAUGUUGGCUGGGAGGAUGUUUUCAAGGAAGAAGCCGCAUUACCUGAUGACGGAAAUCUCAUGUUAUGUCCUGAAGGCGAGUGGCCAUCCGAUGAUUCUGAAGAUGAUGACUAUGAUCCAGACAGAAUUGAACAUAGUGGCAGUGACAAUGACAAUAAAUAUGUGUCAGAUUCCAAUGCCGCUGAUUGUAGUUCCAGUUAUUCAGGGUCACUAGACGAUGAAACAAUUCUUGCAACUGGAAGAGUUGAUGUUGGAAGUAAUAGAUCUGUCGGAAACUCUCUUGAUAUCAAUGGAGUGGAUUCCGAUGAUAUAAACAAUGGUGAAGUUAUAUCUCAACCCAGACAACGAGCUGCGGUUGACUAUAUAAAGUUACAUGAUGAAAUGUUUGGAAAGAAUGCUAAUGAAAAUGAAGAAAUAAGUGACGAUGAAGACUGGGGUCCCCGAAAAAGAAAGCGCCGAGCAAAGGAGGCCAAUGCUGCCACUAUGCCUGUGAUUUUAGGUGAAAAUGAUGACGGAAACUCAGAGGAAACAUCACAAAAUUUGAAAGAGAGACAGUUGAUCAAGAAAAUGAAGAGACCAAUAUUCAGACUCCCACAUGAUGCAGUUGAGAAGCUUCGGAUUGCUUUUGCUGAGAAUGAACUCCCAGAAAGAGCCGUGAGAGUGAAUCUUUCGCAGCAGCUUGGCCUAGAAGUAGAGAAGGUCAAUAAAUGGUUCAAGAAUUCGCGCUACUUAGCAUUAAAAGCAAGAAAGCAAGCAGAAAGAGCUCAAGCAUCUAACGACAACAAUUCCAGCAUCCCAAAGGGUUCUGCAUCAGAAAUUGCCAAUGAUAGCCCUCAUGAUGAAACGGCAGUAAGGAUGAAUACAGCAUCACAAAAAUCUAAAGGAAGUGAAAAAUUGGCCAGACGAAGGGACUCUCAUUUGCAGGUGAAUUCUUCUAAGAUAAAGCAGCAAGGGAAACCAAUUUCACAGAAAGCCGGAACUAAUCAGAUGGCUGCAGAGCUCGGGGACGAUGUGAGCCUAAAACAACUAAGGGAGAAAGCCAAAGAAGACAAGAAGAAACGGACUUGCCAAAAAAGGAGCGCCGAGCAAGAAGCAGAGGCUGAAAUGGAAAGGCUGUGUCAACUCAAGACCCGAGUCGAGAAACUGCAGGAAGUGCUACUUAAGUUUCCAAGCCGGCCAUCUAAAAAACGCGGCACCAGUAAAGACAGAUCAACCAAUUCGCGUGACCCGGCGAUUGUAUAUGUACCUGUAGCAGAAUUGAAGGAGAAAAGGUGACAAUUUUUAAACCCUCCCAAUCUCUUUUACAAUCAAAAGUUUUGCAGUUACUGUAAAUACUUUUGUGAGAUUAUUGUAUCGUUUCUAUUAUUAUUAUUAUUAUGAGUAAACAAAGAGCUUAUAGUAAUAGUAAUAGUCAUACAUGAGAAUGGAAACAUGAGUAAUACAGGACAGCUGUGCACUUUUCCGACCAAAUGAGCUUUGUUCUUGUUGAUGAAUUUGGCAAAAUUAAUAAUUGAAACAGAGAAGACAAGACAACCUCUUGAAGUAGUACCAAAAUUACAAAUAAAAACUAAACUGUUUCAACUCUUGCUCGUCGUUCCUAAUUCCUCUU